UCGUGCCCUUCUGUGGCACAUCCUUUACAUUUCAGAUCUACGAGCGUCUAAUAACGGGGCCGCUGUCAUUUGCUGUUCGGCUCUUGUCUUUCUUCAGGUGAUGUGCAGGAAUUUACCCGACAACCUGUGUGUGUAUAGUACGCUGCACGGGUCACUCACUCAGGUGCUUAAGAUUAGGUUACAAACAUCUCAUUGUGCAAUGAAUUUGGAAAUUGUGUGUGUGUGUGUUGGAGAACACGUUGACGCCGGGGCAAUGAUUAAUUCACCCUGCAGACAUUGAAUUUGGGUUUAUUGCAAAGUCUGUAACCGAAAAGUGCUAAAAAUAAUGAGAUAAGUGGAUCCGGGCUCCCGGUUAAUGCUGUGGCAAUUUGAUCGGUUGCAUCUUUUGAUUGUAUGCAAUCAAAGAAAAAAUAUUUUAUUGCAAUUGUAUGCAAUAAACUAAAGUGUAAUGGCAGCUCCUGGAUUUGUACCUAAUCAUUAGCUCCUGUUUCACAAAAAUCAUUUUGUUGAUGCUGAUUUGAUGCCUACAGUGUGACAUUUGAAAUGCAUGUCCUAUUAUUAUUAUUAUUAUUAUUAUUAUUAUUAUUAUUAUUAUUAUUAUUACUAUGUAUACCACAGCUAACCUGAGGCUGGAUGUUAUUGCAUGAGAUGAACUCUGAGUUAAGAUUAGAAGUUCCAUUCAUUGAAUUUAGUACUUUGAACUUCCAACGUGGAUUAGAAGUCUUUUUUUAAAGUACAACUAUGACAACUGAGCAAACACAAUCUGCUGAGCUAGAUCAUGUAAAAAUAUAAAAUAAAAUGUAAAGCUCCAGAAACAGCGACCGAAACCGUCACUUCCACAGCCUCGUGGACUGGAUUCAGAGUGGUCCAUCGAGUCUGGGCUCUUUCCGCAAUCGAUUACUUUGGUCUUUUUUUUUUUUUUUUUUUAAAUCACGUGACACUAUUAUUAUGUUUUUAUCGCCCUUAAUCACUUCCGGAAACAAGCGUCAUUCGCAGCCGCAGUGUGUCGGCUCCCCGCAGACAAGUGAACAACGGUCCCCGCCACGGACCCGUGGGUGAAAAACCGUGAGUCCACGGAACCGUUAACGACACCAGAACCGGAACUGUUUUAACAGCGGCUGCAGCGCUGGCGGCUCUUCCCGCCCACGGCGUACCCCUCCCUCUGCUCCUCCCGUCUCUGGAUUGAGGUCCUCCGGCCUCGCCUCGGGACUCCCAGCCAUGGUGGAUGUAACCAAAUGGCCCGUUUUCAGCCUGAUGGGGACCCGGCAGCUGUCCACGAUACGAAAAGCUAGCGUGUUUGGAACGUCGGCCAAUGAGGCCAUCUAUGUCACCAAGGACGACGAGGUGUAUGUGUUCGGGUUGAACUGCAGUAACUGUCUGGGCACGGGGGACAGCCAGAGCAGCAUCGUGGCCAAGAAGCUGGACUUCCUGAGCGGGAGGAAGGUGGUCAGCCUGAGCUACGGCAGCGGACCCCACGUCCUGCUGGCCACAGCGGACGGGGAGCUAUUCGCCUGGGGUCAUAACGGCUACAGCCAACUCGGAAACGGGACAACCAACCAAGGAGUAGCUCCGGUGCUCGUCUCCACCAACCUGCUCAAUAGGAAGGUCACAGAGGUCGCCUGUGGCUCUCACCACUCGAUGGCCCUGACCGACUCAGGAGAAGUGUACGCGUGGGGCUACAACAACUGUGGUCAGGUGGGUUCCGGCUCCACGGCGAACCAGCCCACCCCCCGCCGAGUGUCCAGCUGCCUGCAGAGCAAGGUGGCCGUCGGCAUCGCCUGUGGGCAGACCUCGUCUCUGGCGGUCGUGGACAACGGAGAGGUGUACGGUUGGGGCUACAAUGGCAACGGACAGCUGGGACUGGGAAAUAACGGGAACCAGCUCACGCCCUGUCGCAUCGUCGCUCUGCAGGGGUUAUGCGUGCGACAGAUCGUCUCAGGCUACGCCCACUCCCUGGCACUCACAGACGAGGGCCUGCUGUACACUUGGGGUGCCAACACAUAUGGACAACUGGGCACCGGCAACAAAAGCAACCAGCUGAGCCCGGUCCAGAUCAUGACUGAGAAAGAGAGGGUGGUGGAGGUCGCCGCGUGUCACUCGGCGCACACAUCGGCCGCGAAGACCCAGAGCGGUCAGGUGUACAUGUGGGGCCAGUGCCGGGGUCAGGCCGUGGCGCUGCCUCACCUCACGCACUUCACCUGCACCGACGACGUCUUCGCCUGCUUCGCCACGCCCGCCGUCACGUGGCGCCUCCUUUCCACGGAGCACGACGACUUCUUGACCGUGGCUCAGUCUCUGAAGAAAGAGUUUGACAACCCGGAGACGGCCGACCUCAAGUUCUGCAUUGACGGCAAAUAUAUCUAUGUCCACAAAGCGGUUCUCAAAAUAAGGUGUGAACACUUCCGAUCCAUGUUCCAGUCUCACUGGAAUGAAGACAUGAAGGAGGUGAUUGAAAUAGACCAGUUCUCCUACCCAGUGUACCGCUCCUUCCUAGAGUUCCUUUACACAGACAAUGUGGAGUUGCCUCCCGAGGACGCCGUCGGGCUGCUGGACCUCGCCACGUCGUACUGCGAGAGCCGCCUGAAAUGCCUGUGUCAGCGCAUCAUCAAGAGGGGAAUCACCGGCGGCAACGCCUUCUCCCUGCUGUCUGCCGCGGUGCGCUACGACGCAGAGGAGCUGGAGGAGUUCUGCUUUAAGUUCUGCGUGAAUCACCUGACCGAAGUGACCCAGACCGCCGCGUUCUGGCAGAUCGACGGCGACCUGCUCAAAGAUUUCAUAUGUCGAGCCGGCCGCUGCGGAGCCUUCAAAAACUGACUCUGAAGUCACUCGCGGAAGACGAGGGCGAGGGAGUGACUUCUCAAAGGUCGCAAAGGUCACCCCCUUCACUGACAGUCGGUUACACAAAGUUUAUAUCUUUGCCACAGUGCCUCGCUGCCUCUUCAUGUACACACACACACACACUGAGGCACACUUUCACUUGAUCAACGUGUGUCUAAUUAACUUGAAAGAUUCUCGCCAGUCGUUUUGGUUUUUCCUAAUAUUUAACCGACCGCGUUACUUACUUUUAGUAUUUGCACUUGCUCGAAAUCUGAUGAGGCUGUUUUUUUGCACUUUUGGACAUAUGAACACGGACGUAUGAAGAAUACAGAGCGAAGUCUGUUUAGGUCAAAGUCCAGUCAGCGAUUACUGAACCUCGGUCCAGGUCGUAGGACAACAAAAUGAGAGAACUGGUGGCCAGCUGGAACUAAAUAUAUGGAGCCAUUAGAAAUGAGUUAACAGGAAGCUUAUGUUUGGACCUGGACCGACAUUUAAUGUAUGUAGAAAACAAUAUUUUACAGGGUUAACGUUCAUAAAGUUGUUAAGUGGCAUCUGCACAACUGCAGUGAGUAUUUUUAAGAAUAUAUUUGCAAAAUUUCUAUGCAGGACAUUUUUUUUUACAUCAAAAUCAAUAAGUAUGUCUAUUGAUGAGUGUUAUGAAUGGCCAGUUAACGUUUUGUGACCGUUGCAAACUAAUUUAAUAAAAAUAUGUCUUUUUCGGUAUAAUAAUUAUAUAUAUU